AUGGCCGGUGCCAGGGCGGAGGACGAGAUAGCCGCCUUUGAGAAGGAGAUAAAGCAGUUCUGGGCCAACUUCAAGAGCAUCUACGGCAGCGAGCAGGUCAACCAGAUUGUAGCGCUCAGGGAUUCGUGCAAGGAGUCCAUUAAAGCACUGACAGAGAAAUGCUCUCAGAAAUUAAAAGAAGAGGACCUGAUGAUUGACAAAAUUAAGGAGUAUAAUGAUGAGAUUCUCCAGCAGAACAAACUCAUAUCAGAAAAUGAGGAAAAUUUGACAGAAAUAAAAUCUAACAUAAAUCAUGAAGAAGAGCAAAUUAAGAGCUUAAUGGACAGCAUUCAAGAAAUUAAAGAAGAGCUGAUGAAGAAGAAGGAAAUAAUAGCUUCCAAAAACCAGGCCACUAAGGAGAGAGUGGAACAACUGUGCAGGUCUAAAGCAUUGUUUGAAGAGCAUCUUGGCCUGGAAAUCCGCAGAAUCCAUGAUGAACAGUUGCAGUUUAUAUUCAGGCACAUUGACCACAAAGACCCUGAGAAGCCAUAUACAUUUACCCUUUUCAUAAAUGAACAGGGAGAUUAUGAAGUGACUUCCUGUUCUCCUCCCCUGGACUGUAUAGCGGAAUUCCAGAAAAAAGUGAGAGAAACUAACAAUUUUUCUGCAUUUAUUGCCAACAUCAGAAAAGCUUUUACUGAGUUAUCUUAUAAAUAG